AUCUCCCUCACUAGCUCGUGCCAUCGUCUCCACCGCCACCCCUACUGCGCACGUACCCUUGUUCUCAUCUCGGGGAGGAGAAGGCGGCCAUGGCGACCCCGAACGGCUUGGCGAGGAUCGACACCAACGGCGGGGCGGCGAAGAAGAAGCACGAGAACGGGAUCUGCCACGACGACAGCUCGGCGCCGGUGCGGGCGCAGAACAUCGACGAGCUGCACUCCAUGCAGCGGAAGCGCUCCGCCCCCACCACGCCCAUCAAGCAGGCCGACGGCGCCGCCGUCUCGCCCUUCGCCGCCGCCAUCUCCGAGGAGGGCCGCCGCACGCAGCAGCUGCAGUCCAUCAGCGCGUCCUUGGCUUCGCUGACCCGUGAGACCGGGCCCAAGGUCGUGAGGGGCGACCCGGCAAGGAAGGGCGAGGCCGCCGUCAAGGUCGCGCCGGUGGCCGCAGCGCCGGCGCCGAAGCCGCAUCAUCACCACCACCACCAUGUCGCCCCCACCAUCAGCGUCAGCGACAGCUCCCUCAAGUUCACUCAUGUCCUCUACAACCUCUCGCCUGCCGAGCUGUACGAGCAGGCGAUCAAGUACGAGAAGGGGUCGUUCAUCACGGACAGCGGAGCGCUGGCGACGCUCUCCGGCGCCAAGACCGGCCGGUCGCCAAGGGACAAGCGCAUCGUCAAGGACGAGGCGGUGGCGAAGGAGCUCUGGUGGGGCAAGGGCUCGCCGAACAUCGAGAUGGACGAGCACACCUUCCUGACCAACAGGGAGAGGGCGGUGGACUACCUCAACUCGCUGGACAAGGUGUUCGUGAACGACCAGUUCCUCAACUGGGACCCGGAGAACCGCAUCAAGGUGCGCAUCAUCUCCGCCAGGGCCUACCACUCGCUCUUCAUGCACAACAUGUGCAUCCGCCCCACGGAGGAGGAGCUGGAGGAGUUCGGCACCCCGGACUUCACCAUCUACAACGCCGGCAAGUUCCCCUGCAACCGAUACACGCACUACAUGACCUCCUCCACCAGCGUCGACAUCAACCUCGGCAGGAGGGAGAUGGUCAUCCUGGGAACGCAGUACGCCGGCGAGAUGAAGAAGGGACUCUUCGGCGUCAUGCACUACCUCAUGCCCAAGAGGCGUAUCCUCUCCCUCCACUCCGGCUGCAACAUGGGGCGGGACGGCGACGUCGCACUCUUCUUUGGACUGUCAGGUACUGGUAAAACGACACUGUCGACUGAUCACAACAGGCUUCUGAUCGGCGACGACGAGCACUGCUGGAGUGACAAUGGUGUAUCCAACAUCGAGGGCGGCUGCUACGCCAAGUGCAUAGACCUCUCCCGGGAGAAAGAACCUGAUAUUUGGAACGCCAUCAAGUUCGGAACAGUGCUGGAGAACGUCGUCUUCGACGAGCACACCCGUGAAGUCGAUUACACUGACAAAUCUGUCACAGAGAACACCCGUGCCGCUUACCCCAUCGAGUACAUCCCCAACGCGAAGAUACCGUGUGUCGGGCCACACCCCAAGAACGUCAUCCUCCUGGCGUGCGACGCCUUCGGCGUGCUCCCGCCCGUCAGCAAGCUGAACCUGGCACAGACCAUGUACCACUUCAUUAGCGGCUACACAGCUCUGGUUGCCGGUACAGAAGACGGCAUCAAGGAGCCACAGGCGACCUUCUCCGCUUGCUUCGGCGCGGCGUUCAUCAUGCUCCAUCCAACCAAGUAUGCCGCCAUGCUCGCCGAGAAGAUGCAGACGUAUGGCGCCACCGGGUGGCUCGUCAACACCGGCUGGUCCGGCGGAAGGUAUGGCGUUGGCAACCGGAUCAAGCUGGCAUACACCAGGAAGAUCAUCGACGCCAUCCACUCUGGCGAGCUCCUCACGGCCAACUACCAGAAGACCGAGGUCUUCGGCCUGGAGAUCCCCACUGCGAUCGAGGGCGUGCCGUCUGAAAUCCUCGACCCGACUAACACCUGGACGGACAAGGCCGCGUACAAGGAGACGCUCCUGAAGCUGGCUGGCCUGUUCGGGAAAAACUUCGAGGUGUUCGCCAGCUACAAGAUCGGGGAGGACAGCACCCUCACUGAGGAGAUCCUUGCUGCUGGACCCAAAGUCUGAUUUUCACACGGAGCAGAAAUGAACGCGAUGCGAUGGAAUACGUUCAGAAUAAAGCUGUGGUGUGUGUGUGCCGAUGAUGAUGACGAAAAUUGGGGCCCAUGUGCUAGUAGAGUUGGCUCCAUAUAUCUUAUUCUAUAUAUAUUUCCAUGCGUCAUGUUUAGUUAUGUCACAUCUUGGUCCCUGUUUUGCCUAUGUACAGAUGUACUAUGCUCUCAAAAUUGGACUCUGAAAGUUCUAAUAUGAUAAUAUGACCUAUGUUCUCGUUUGUUAGCGCAUCA